GCGCGAUAGUACGAUGGCCGAGUGUCGAGACUCGACUUAACCUCAAGCAAGGUCGAUAGAUGCGCGCGCACGUCAGUGUCGCUUCGAGCUGCGGUGCUGGAGGUAGACAGGAGGGCAGGUGUUUUGGUGUUUGUUGUCAAAUUUUGAUAAUCAUCUGUAGUUCCCGUAUCUUGUGUUAGCUGGUUAAAAAUUGUCAGUAACGCUGCAGGUCGACGAAGCAGAAAUAAACGUGGCCGUAAUACCGAGAAAUCGAGGCUGCGCGCGCUGGUCGAAGGCGGCCAUCAUUAAUUUUCACCCGAUAGAAUAUUAAUAGCAGCAUUCAUUCAAGAAUUAUGUAUUUGUUUACCGAUUUGUUACGAUGUAGAAAUUAUUGACAACGCUAUUGCUUCGCGAAGUGGGCGAAUAUUAUCGGGGCGCCUCCGUAUCGAGUACCGGUUAUUGUCGCACCUGUUAUGGCUUGAAACUGGGAAAGUUAACUGUGACACGGAGAGAGACAAGUCGCCUCGCUGCUGCCUGCUUGCCUGCGCGUAACCACGCGACGUUCAAUGUGGCGAGUGGCUAUGUACCGUUAGUUGAAAAUCCUUCUCCAUUACUGGUUUUGCCGAGUGCAGUAACGACGUUCGACGACGCCGUGGUGAGCGUCAUUAACAAGCUAAGUACAAUUGUGUUGCGCGGUGGUGCUGAAACCGUCGGAAAGGAAUCCGAGUCGAGUUAGCACGGCCCUGAGCAGCGUCUAUGACGUAUGCAAAGCACAGUGAACGCUUGAAAAGCCUCGGCGACGAGGAACGCUUAACCCGUAGAAAUGAGAAAGUUGGUGCUGUGAAUAUCGAGAACACACGGUCCGAGCCGAGGAACGGGCCAACCACACAAUCGAGAAGGUGCUCACUGCACGAAGGAUACCAGUCGCGUCACAACUAACCGGGAUACGACAAGUUGUGUAAAAUGAAUUUCACACCGUUUCCUGGGUUUACAACCGGGUCUAUACCCACUGGGACGGUUCAUCAAUUUGCAACUGCAAAAUUUGCCCAAAAUUUGACCACUGGGGGUCAAGUUGUCGGCGUGUUGUCUGGAGGCGAGGGUGGUGUACAUUAUCUGAGACCCGUCGAUCCAAAUGGAUUCACUACUGUUGCCCAGGGUGGAAAUAAUCAGCAAUCACAAAUCAUUACUUUACCUAUCACCGUGCCUGGCAAAGAUGGUACCCAACAACAGCAAACGGUUCAGAUCCAGGUCGUCAAUCCGAAUGUUACUCAAAGUGGGACUAGCGGGGACCAGCCCAAGUAUCAUUUGGCUCCUCUUUCUUUGGGCCAGUUUCCUCAGGGUGCGGCAACCGUAUUGACCGUUGCUUACAGUCAGCAGGAUGCCGAUGGUGUUCAAAUACAGGUUCAACCACAGAAUACCAUUGCUACAACCCAAACAUCGGAUCAAACGACUCAGAGCACGUCGACAGCUGUAACGACAACGUCGCAGCAAACGAUUCAGCAAACCGUCCACCUUCCUGGUGCUCCGGAAGGCCUAACCGUAGUGGCUCAAAUUCCACAGGAUUUGAUACUUAGAGAAGGUAUGGACGAAUCAAAAGAGGAUGUCAAAGAGGGUACAACGCCCGUAGCACUGAUAAAGAGGGGUACUGUCAAAAACCAGGGUAACCAAAGUAACGAAGAAUUGAUAACUUCGAUGCCUGCUAGUUGGCAGAGUUUAGCAACGCCUGGAUCCACUGUAGCUGACUAUUUGUCCAGACUGCCGGCGAGCACGCUACCAUUAAGCUUACAUUCCUUUUUGAAGUUCUCUGCGGAGACAAUUAAGAGAGAGGAGACCAUUGAAUCUAGUCCCUUGAGCGCAGACGGACUAGAGGUUCCAGUUACUACAGCCUCUGGAGAACAAUCCGUUCACAUUACAGUAGCGGGUCCAGAGACGGAGAUUACUCCGGACGUUGUAGAAGCCGCGGAACCUGGCACAAAGCCAAAAAAGAAGAAGAAGUACAAGAAGAAGCCGCCAAAGCCAAAGAAACCUAAACCUGGCCAGGUGACGAUUGCUACUGCGCUUGAUGGAACAACGCUGUUCUGUUGCCCUCAGUGCAACAUGGCUUAUCCAGAGAAAGAGUUACUAGAACAACAUUUAAUCGGUCAUAAAAUCGAAAGGAGAUUCAUAUGCGACAUGUGCGGGGCCGGACUGAAACGUAAGGAACAUUUGGAACGGCAUAAGUUGGGCCACAGUCCUGAGAGACCGUUCAUUUGUUCUGUAUGCAUGAAGGGAUUCAAACGAAAAGAACACCUCAACCUUCAUUUUGUCAUACACUCUGGUCAGAAAACAGAAGUAUGCACGGAAUGCGGUAAGGCAUUUUACAGGAAGGACCAUCUUCGCAAACAUGCUAGAUCCCAUUUGGCUAAGAGAGUGAAGGACGACCCGUUGAACACUACGGACAAUUCUCAAAAUCAGCAACAAAAUCAGCAGCAUGAGGAACAACAGCACCAGGAACAGCAGCAGCAACAGCAGCAGCAGCAGCAGCAACAAAAUAAUGUGCCCGAAUUACAGCAAAUUCAAAUUCAAGUUGGUCAGGGAUCUGGAGCCCAGAUUCACCAAAUUUCUGUUAGCGAACAAUCUACAGUUGUUCUACCAACUGCGGCUGAAACUGGUGCCAUGGCCAUGCUGCAUCAUCAGCAACAACAGCAUUAUGCAAUGAAUUUCCCGCCGUUUGGAGGCCAUUUUCCUGGUACCAUUCCGAGUAUCCAUCAAUUUGCUACCGAUAGUUCAGGAGGCGCGGGUGCUCGCUACGCCAAUCAUUUUCCCAACCAGCCUCCAAUCGGAGUGCCGGUUAUGGGAAAAUACAGAUCAGAAGCUAACGGAGUUCAAUCUUCACAGUCCCAAGUUAUGAUGAACAAUAAGACUAGUUAUCCGAAUAGCAAUGUUCACCAUUAUCCAAACGUUCCAUACUCCCAGGGUCAGCCGGUUCAACAACGUCCAACAAACUCACCUGGCAUGCAAGAAAAACGUACUUAUCAUCAGACAACAGAAACAAUAAACCAGCAGGACGUGUGCAAUCUUCUUCAAGACAAAGACAAGAGCAAGGAUAAGAAGAGCGAGGAUCAUCAAAGAAACGGCGAAGCUACUACGAACGGUUCUCAACAAGAUUAUACGAUGCAUCAACAUCAUCAGCAGCACGCACACACGCAAACACCAGCAACGAUGCCUGCCACAUGGCAAUCCCUAGCAACGCCUGGGUCAACGGUUGCAGAUUAUUUGAGUCACUUGCCUGCAAGUACUUUACCAUUAAGUCUGCACCAUUUUUUAAAGUAUUCCGCUGAAAGUAUCAAAAAAGAAUCAGAAAUGGCUCAGACGACAUCCGUGGCUGUUGCGACGACGACCACACCAAACAUCAUGAUGUCACCGACCAAUAAAAAGAAGAAAAAGAAGAAGGCACCAAAGGAGAAAAAACCACGACCUAAACCGGGCGAAAUUCGUUUGACCACUGCUUUGGAUGGUUCGACACUUUAUUGUUGUCCUGAAUGCCACAUGGCGUAUCCCGAAAGAGAACUUCUGGAGCAGCACUUACUUGGACACACGCUAGAGCGAAGAUUCGUUUGCGAUAUAUGUGGGGCCGGUUUGAAGCGCAAAGAUCACCUGACCCGUCAUAAACAGAGUCAUAAUCCAGAGAGACCGUACGUAUGUACAGUAUGCUUGAAAGCUUUCAAAAGAAAGGAGCAGCUCACACUACACUUUGUAAUACAUUCCGGCGAGAAACGACACGUCUGUACCGAGUGUGGAAAAGGAUUCUACAGAAAGGAUCAUCUUAGGAAGCAUACCAGAAGCCAUAUUGCAAGACGAGUCAAGGCUGAACUCAGUCAGAACGCUGGUACUCAACAAAACCAACAGCAGAACAACGCAUCUAACAUGCAGACGACAACGGUAACAGCGUCGUCAGUUCUUCCAGGGGGACAUCCAGGUGCACUUUUAUCCUGAGCCCCGCCACCUGGGAACUUCCAGGUUCCCCACCCAAAUAAUAUUAUUCACCCGCAUACUCCGCAUCACACAUUACAUCAUCACCACUUAGCAGCUGUUAAUGUAGCGCAUCAGUCAAGCACUACACCGUUAGCAGCUGCCAGCCACUACCAGGCACAUGAGUUGAGUUUUUUAGGACAUGUCAAAGAUUUCUGAGAUAAGGUGACUACCUCUGUCAAGAGGAUGUGUACUGUCAGGUAACUCGAACAUGGUCGUGGCAUAUCGGCGAACAUCGUAGGGUUUUUUUUUGCUGAUCCAUGUGUUUCACGUGUGUGCGGAUUUUUUCUUUGCAUAAUAAUACGACUUGUAUGACAUUAAACGUAUUAUUUGAUGGGAUCAGCUGUUAUACAUUGUACAGUUGUGUUUUUCAGGUUUUACGGUCGAGCGAUAAACAUAGUAGAAUCAAAACAUGACUUACAUUUGGGGGGGCCCUUUAAAUUUUCGAUCUAUGUGAGAUUUUUUUUCUCAACUUUUCAUUUGUGGUAGGCAUUGUUGGAUGAAUUUCAUAGGAGUCUCAAAAUAUUGGCAACAAUUCGUGCGAUGAUCACGAACAGACAUUUGUGUUUAUGUCGACUUAUCAUUUCAAAAUUGAUAAAGAGGUGUUGCAAAAUGGGAAAUUGACUUGAUUGAAACAUGGACAAUUGCCACAUAUGCAUAAGUAAUUCGAGACAUCCUUAAUCGUUCUAUUGUUAGGUAACUAUGUGAUGUAUUAGUAAUUUUUUUUCACACAAAUUAAAUUGUGUUGAGGUUUAUCAAAGUCCUUCACAUUUAACGCUAUGUGAUUUGCCAGAAAGCUCUAUAAAUUAUAAAAUAUACUUACUUAUAUGUUGAAAUAUAGGAUUCUGUGACCAUAGAACAUGGUUGGAUUUGAUAUUUAAAUAGUCAACCACGCAAAGCGUAGAGUACCAUAUGCAGCAAGUGAAGAUUGCCAUAAUUAUUAAAUAUUCACGUUUUCAUACAAAACGAAAAAUAUCAUGACGCAACUGUUGGACAUGUCAUGAAAUGUCUGUAAAGAAUAUUUAUAUAUCUAGGUAUUCUCUUCGUAUUACGGUUUGUUAAAUUUUACAUUAUCCUCCUAACUUCCAUUCGAUUACCAUAGUUUCAAUAAUAGAUUGCUGUUUUUGCUUAAUUUGGUUUGCAAAUAGUUUUAAGUAAAUAUAUCGUCCUGAAAUACAUGUUGACUAAUAAGUUGGGCGAACUGUUGAUAGUCAAAGUAGUGUACUUUCAAACUGACAAGUUUUGACAGUUGAUGUCAAGACAUUGAUGACAUUGGUGAAGUUAUUGACCCAGUAAUUCUUAAACCAAAUCGUAAUACGCAUAAUGUGUACACGUACAAAUAUAUUUUCUUCCUAUCAAAUUUCUGUGAAAUAAUUAUAUCUAUGUUUGUGAUGCUUUUGUAACCAGAAAGUCCAAGAAAAUCUUUGUCGCAUGAAAAAGCGAUUUUUUUUUAUGUCGAAAAACGCAGGCGUGAAAAACGUCUGACACAAGAGUCUUGCCAUAUUACAUAAAGAAUAUAAUUUUUUUUCAUUGAAGGUUGGUUAUGGAUUAGCCUACAUCAAUAAAAUCGCAAAUAUAAACGUAUGUUUUCGUUAGAAAGUAUGGUAGGAUAAUGCUUAAUUCCGCAAUUUUUCAAAAUAAAUUCACACACCUUUUGAGCUGUACUUUCCGUUGCAUAAUAAGUUUGAUUCAUAAAAAUUUGAAUCCUUGUAUCAAUUUAGAAGGCAUUUAACCACUGUACUGUAUAGAAAUAUGUGGCAAUACUGAGAGAAAGAAUUUUAUUUCAAUUUUAAACAAAGUUAUCAGUAUUUUAUACAUUAAAUCUAAAUUUAUUUUAUGUGAAUUCGUUGUUAUUAGUAAUAUUAUUAUUAUUAUUAUUAUUAUUUGGGAAGCGUACUAUUUACAAUAGACAAAUUUUGGAGUUUGUAUUUUUUUUUCCUUGCUAAUGCUUUAUAGUAAUAUUACGAUUGUUUUAUAUUUAUGCAAACAUUCUGUUGAAUUUUUUUUCAUUAUUAGUAUAAUUAUGUAAAUUCGGAUUCCAAUUACGUAUCCGAACACUUUGUAAUAUCCAUUGAGUAGAUUUUAUUAGGUACAAAAACAAAUUACCUAUCUUUAUUGUUUUCGAUUUGGUAUCCUAGCCUUUUGAAAGGACGAAAUAUGAAUAGAAAUAUUGCAAUCUCUUAUUUUACUAGUUGUGAUAAUUUUAGCAGCUAUGAUUUUACUGUAUAAUUUUUUUUUUUCUAGGCGUGCCAUUACAUUUUUUGGUUUUUGAUUUUACAUUUUGUACGUAGAUUGAAUCAUGCCAGAGUAAUUUCUUGCCAUAAUCGCAUUUAUAAUUUUCGUUACUAAAAAUGGUUUGUGCAUUUUGCCAUACGUUUUUCUAUGAGUCUUAUCUUUAAUUAUCUCAAAUUCAGUUUAUGAGACUGUCAUAUUGUGCAGCGGCAAGCAACAAUAAAUAUGAUUGUAGAUUAUAUGAACAAAAGCUUACGCCGUAAACCUAAGCAUGCAGUAAGGAUUGCUGAAUACUAAAUGAUUUAUACAAUGAAUUUGUUAGUUUCCAUGAAAUUAGAUAUUGCUAAAUGAUUAUUGGUAGUAAAUAAAAUGAUUAGCAAAUAAAUUCACAUGAUAUCAUUUUCGUCAAAGUAUUCCAUCUUGAUUUAGUAUUCGGCAGUAUCCCAUGUAACUAUUGGUUAAAUAUGUAGCAAGUAACAGGAAGAUUCAGGUUUAUCAGACCUCAAGUAUAAGUAUGUACUAAACCAUACAGUAUGUACUAAACUACAUAUAUAUAUAUAUAUAUAUAUAUAUAUAUAUAUAUAUAUAUAUAUAUAUAUAUAUAUAUAUAUAUAUAAAUAUAUACGACAUAUAUAUAUAAAUAUGUGGUUUUUAUAUAAAUACACCCAGUGAGAAUGUGUGCGUGUGUGUAUGUAAGUAUAAGUAUACGUGUGCAUGACAAGAAAAAAGGCAAGAACAAACUGAACUGUAUUAAAAUACUCCACCGCCACGUACUAGUAAUCGUAAAGACAAAAAAAAAAAAUAAUAAUAAUGAUAAACAUAAAAGUACACUCUAGGAUAAAGUUAGCGAGUAAGUUUGUAUACAAAUAUUGAGAUAUAAGUUGAAGAAAGAAAAAGAAAAAAUUAAUUAAACAUUAGGGAGUUGGGGUCUUUAAGAAGAUACUCAGACUAUGCAAAAAUAAAAAUAGCUUUACGAUUUAUAAAGAAUUUUCCAAAGUAUGCUGCACGUUCGAAGUCUGUCAAAUGAUACAGUUUGAUAUAAUUGAAGAGGGCUUCUAAAAUCUAUAUAGCUACACAUAAAACUCUAUGGCGACUAAAUACGCUCAGACUUUACACGUACUGUUGCAUAAAUGAUAAUAAUUUUUUCAAUUUUUUCAUUCACCUUCAUAAAAAAUUAUUAUUAGUCUCGUCAGUUUUUUUAUUCUUCUGUGUAGAAGUAAAAUUGUCACAAAUGUUAUUUAUUAUUACCGAAAUCGUAUUGAAAUCAAACAAUAAGUGUUUAAGGCUGACUAGAUACGGUAUUUAAAACUUUGUAGUAAUUAAGUACUCAUUUAUGAAAGUUUUGUAAAGCCUUGAGCUGGCUUGCUUUUUGGUCGCCAUAAUGAAUUCAGCAUAUAUGAAGUGUUUUGUGCUGAAAAGUGUGGCUGAACAAUUUUGUAUAACGCGAUUGCUAACUUUAAAGAAAGAUUUAAAAAAAAAAAAACAUAAUAAAGAAUGAAAAGAGAAAAAAAUUAUCGAGGAAUGCUUCGAACUGAGAAAAAGAAAUAUUUUUAGUAAUAUGAAAGAAUAAAUUUAAUGGUAAUGAAAAUGUAAUGUAACUAUACCUAAGCGAAGGAAAUAUGUAAGUGUAACAUUAUGAUCGAUAUAUAUAUAUAUAUAUAUAUACACACACACACAUAUAUAUGUAUAUAUAUACAUAUAUAACUUUGAGCUAAUAUUAUAUUUUAUCCACAAAAUAUAAUUAGUAUUCGUAACAAUUUGAGUAUAAGCGUAAUUAAAAGAAAACCCAAAUAUUAGUUAUUUUCAGAACAGAUUACAUGAGUUUUGCCGACGACGUAGAGUGAACGUAUAAUAAUUUCGUGCGCCUAAAAUGAAAUAUAAAAUAAUAAUUAUCAAAUUUUAUUUCAGAAAAAGCGCAUAAAGCAAUAUUUAAAGUAUAUAUGUGUACACAACAUUCUUGCUAAAGCCUCAAUGCCUCGAUACACUUCUGAAUAUUAUUCUGAUUCAUGGAGAUUGGACACUGAUAGACGAAAUAAAAUGAAUGGUCUCAAAAAUGAGAAGUAAUAUUCUAUAUAUGAAUUUCUUCUUCUAUUCUUUGUACUCAAAUUUUUUUGUUUUAAUUUAUCUAACAUACGACUAGCAACGGAUAAAAGUCCAGUAAUGCUUGACAUUUGUAAAACCCAUGGUUGUGAAUCAAUUUGUCUUAUUACCUCAAAUCAGUGUAUCAAAUAUCAUCUGAUACGUAGCGAAUCAAAAUUAAUAGAAAUGUUUGAUACGUAUAUUAAAACCUUAACGUCUCUCAGUGCCAAUCUGUGAACGAAAUUCAAAACUUUGUAAUCAAAUGCAAAAUGAUAAACGAAAAUCAUAUU